UGCUGUGAUCCCAUGAGCUGGCAGCCCCUUUACCCUGGGAAAGGGGGCACAGGACACUGCCACAACCUACUAUCCCUUUGCAGUGGCACUGUGCUGCCAGCAGCCCUGACUGCGCCACCAGGCCCCCCUCCCCAUAGCUAUUUUUAUCGCCCCCCAACCGUGUUUCUCACUGUCCUAUUUUAAGCGGCGCAGUUGGCGCACCGGGAACCCAGUGCCCAGCUCGUGGGGGCCCUGCACCAGCUCACUGUCUGCUCACACUGCCCGGGCACAGGGAGCCAUGCCCAGGGAGGCUGCAGAAGACAGCAUGGGAAGGGCCGAGGGUGCUGUGCCAGCAGAGCCUGGGGACCCCGACAGCAGCGAGUCUGGAGCCAUCAGCUUGCGCCCCGUGGAGUCCAUCAGUGACUUGUACUGGGCCUCGGGCGGGCACAAGGGCACAGAGGGCAAUGGCCCAGCUUCCUCCAGCAGCCUGCACCGGCCCCCACCUCGGCCCAUGUCCCCUGUGCCCCCGCCGCUCCUGCCCACCCUGCGCCCUGUACCCCCAGCCAGCCCCUGCCCCUGCCUCGGCCCUGGCCACCCCCUGCUGCUGGCCCUGCUGGCACUCCUGGCACUGUCGAGCCUGGUCCUGGCCACACUGGCCAUCUACCUGAGUGUCCUGCAGAGCCAGUCGGUGCGGGCACUGGCCCAGUGGCUGGAGAGCCAGGAGGACGCCGUGCACCAGCUACGGGCAGCCAGCAGGCAGCUCUGGGCUCGCCUCAACACCAGUGCCCAGCCUGGUGGGCACCGCUGAGCUGCCCCUGGCCCCACCAUGGGCUCUGGGCUGCCACAGGAAGGGGCACUGAAGGGCAGGAGGGGGGCGGCGGGGCAGCCUUACCCGCUGAGACCAUGCAGUGUUGCCCCUUGGGGCACAGGGGAAAUCCCGGCCCCUG